AUGGGAAACAAAGAUAUUGAAAGGGCUUCUUUAAAAGAAAGGUCUCCACUGGAAGAAAAUAAACAUGUCAGAGCUGAAGGGUUUGGAGAAAACCAAAUUUACAAAACAGUGACAAAGAUUUUCGACAAAAAGGUUCCACAAGAUAAAGGUGAGUGGUCCAACAAAGAUCGGUUUAGAAGUCUUUUCAGUACGUUUUAUGAAGUACAUGGUGAUUCAUGGAUGUUUGGAGAAACCAAGGCUAUAUAUAAACAGGCAAUUGAAUUUGAAACUGUGAAUAUGAGGGAUAAAUUUUUGAUAAGAUAUGUCACAAGUCAAAGGAUAUCUAAGGAUAAAUUUGGCUCCAGGGAAGCAGUUGAAUUGUACUUGAGGUUUACUGAAUGGUACAUAAGGAGAGCUACAGGGAAAUUGAAGCUAAAUCAUUUAAGUAAUGUUCACCAGGGAACAUUUGGUGAAUGUAUCAAGCUUGCUAAAAGGCAUAAUGAGAAGGUACGACACUACAAAGAGAUUUAUUCAAAAGAGCUUCGAGUAUUCAGAAGAGCAGCUGGCCAGGAAGUUCCUAGUAAAUUGUUUGAUCAAAUGAUGGAAUUUGCAAUUUAUCUCUCAGCAUAA